AUGGCAACCACAUCAGAGAGGGCACAGAGAGCGUCUUAUUUGGUAGCCCAGCGUAUAGCUAAGUGCAAGAAGGCUCAUACCUUGGCGGAGGAGCUGAUCCUUCCAGCAGUAGUGGAUAUGUGCGAGGUCAUGAUCGGAACAGAAGCAGCUAAUAAACUGAAAACUGUGCCACUCUCCAACGACACCAUAAGGCGAAGGAUUGAUGAUCUCUCUGAUGACAUCCUGUCACAACUUUUGGAUAGACUUCGCUGCUGUAGCCAAUAUUGUAUUCAGCUGGACGAGUCUACUGAUAUAGCUAGUGCAGCUCAGCUGAUCGCUCUUGUCCGCUACCCAUGGGAAGGAUCGAUUUUAGAGGAAUUUUUGUUCUGCAAAAUGGUCCCUGGUAGGGCAACAGGAGAGGAGAUAUUCAGGCUCCUGGAUGAUUUUAUUAAAGAAGCUGGGCUGAGCUGGGGCAAAUGUGUGUCCGUGUGCACAGAUGGAGCGGCAGCGAUGACUGGCCGUAAGAGUGGUGUUGUCGCUCGCAUAAAGGCUGUCAACCCGAACGUCAAAUCUGUGCAUUGUAUGCUGCAUCGUCAAGCGCUAGCCUCCAAAGCCAUGGAACCUGACUUGCACUUCGUGCUGAAUAAAGCUGUGGCUGCAGUUAAUUUUGUUAAGUCAAGAGCACUGCAGACACGUUUGUUUGGGCAACUUUGUCGGGAGAUGGACGCAGGCCAUGACACACUGCUGUACCAUUCUGAAGUGAGGUGGCUCUCUCGUGGAAAGGUGCUUCAGCGGGUGUUUGAACUACGUACCGGAAUGUCUGAAUUUAUGCGAAUGGAGAAGCCCGACAUCGCAGAGUUUUUCUCCGAUCCUGAAUACAUUGCUAAGUUGGCAUAUCUGGUGGAUGUUUUCAAUGCCCUCAAUAGCCUUAAUCUCUCCAUCCAAGGACGCCAUGCCUCCAUCCUUGAGGUAAGCGACAAACUCACCGCCUUCAUGAGGAAAGCAGAGUUGUGGAGAAGACGACUACAAGAUGGGGUGACAGACAUGUUCCCGCAGCUCACAGAAUAUCUGCUCGCAAACGAUCUGCCUGUGACUGUCGUGAAAGACGUUGCCACCUCUCACCUCGCUGCGCUCAGCAAGCACUUCACCUCAUAUUUCUCAGAUGUCAACACUGAUGCCUGGGACUGGGUGCGAGAUCCCUUUGCUCCAGUAGCUAUACACAGCCUUACAGGCAAAGCAGAGGAGGAGUUAGUGGACUUGUCUUGCGAUCGGACUUUGAAGGCCAAAUUCCAGCAGCAAUUCUGCAUUGUAGACACAUACCAGGAAGCACAAAGGAGCCUGGGGAGGUACCUCAAGCAGCAGUGUGACACAUCGGACAUGGAGUCAGAUGCAGAAAAAACUGCUGGAAGAUUCAAGAGGUUUGUUAAAAUCUAA